CCACUGUCGUGCGGAGAGGAGGGAUGCCCCGCGAACGGACCGGUAGACAUGCCACACGAUCCACCCCCGAGCUAUGCAGGCCAGAACCACACUUUAACGGGGGAGGCGAAGGGGGCGUUGGGGACGAAUGAUGGUCCGCAAUUGUUGAUCACCGUGUGGACUAUGACGGCGUUCUCCAUUCUCGUUGUCACCUCUCGCAUGGCGAGCAACUACAAGUUCGAGAAUUUGCAGCUCAGCGAUUUGAUCAUCCUGCUGGCCUUGACCUUGCUUCUCAUCGCAGCGGUGCUGUUCAAUGUGGCGGUCGACCGCGGGUACGGCGAGACCAGCCACCCCCCUGGUGUGCAUAGCAUCGUCGAUAGCUUCAAGUACUCGACCAUCGGGUAUGCGAUUGUCAUGCUGGCCGCGACGGUCGGGCGCCUGGCGAUGAUCCUGUACAUGAUGGCGCUUCUGGCAGCUCGGCGGGGGGAUCGCAUCGUCCUGGGGAUGCUGGUGCCGCUGCAAGUGAUUGUCAACGUGGUCAGUGUGUGUUUGUUGUUUGCGCAAUGCUCGCGGGUGGAAGAGUUGUUCCAUCCUGGCACGCAGACGCAUUGCAUGUCGCUGGAUGUGCAGAUCGACUAUGGAUACUUUCAGGGAAGUGACUGUCAACUCGGCCUGCGACCUCUUCCUCGCUCUCUUCCCCUUUACAUCCUCCGGCGAUUCAACUGGACGCUGCGGGUCAAGAUGGUGUUGAUUUCGCUCCUCAGCCUCGGCGUGGUAGCCAUGGCCGCCUCCCUGGUGAAAACCCUGGAGUAUCCCGCCAUCCUCCAGUCCACCCACCCGCGCAUCAACCGCGUCGGCCUCCUGCGCUGGCAGUUCAUCGAGGCCGGCAUCGUGCUCAUCACCGCCUCGAUCCCCUGUAUGCGACCGCUGGUGCUCCACGGGAUCCGGAAAUACAUUCGGAAGAAGCAGACCCAGCAUCGACAGCUGCGCCCCGAGCCCGCCCCGGAGCAAGGGGAGGGUCCCGUGGGGCACUCGCACUUUGCGUCGGACUGGAAGACCCGGUGGAUUCUGCCGUACGUGCGCCCGCUGGACCAGCCAUCGUGGUCGGAGUCGGAGCACGAACGACAGAUCCUGGCGAAUAUCACGACGCACAUCUUUGCGGGCGAUCGGGAGUUUCUGGAUCGUCAUGUUGGGGGGAUUGUGCGGCAGGUCGAGGUGACGGUGGUUGCGGAUGAGAUUCCGUUGACCCAGCGUGGGAGUGGACAGUGA